AUGGCAAAAAAUAUCAUAACGAGGAUUGAUAUCAUAUUUGCCGAAUAUUUUUCAUAUUUGCUGAUCAACCGAAUUGAGGUGAUUGAGAAUGAGGCACUGGCGAGUUUGGCUAAUCUUGCACUUCUCAACAUUCAGGGUAAUAAGUUGAUCGAAAUGUCUGAUUCUCUAUCCAAGUUUCCGUCCUCAUUGAAAUAUCUUCAACUCAAUAACAACACAAUCUACACUGUACACAAUGAUUCGUUAACAGGCCAGUCUGGCCUCGAAAUCCUGGUUAAAUGGAAUAAAAUUCAAAAGUUGACUAAACAAGUUUUCGCUUCGUGUUCAGGGUUACAAAAGUUGUAUCUCGAAAAUAAUGAGAUCUCAUCAAUUGAAGUUGGAACAUUUGAAUCUCUAAGCCAACUGAUUUACUUGAACCUCGAGAACAAUAAUCUUAAUCACUUGUCGGAAGGUGUUUUUCGUGGUGUCACCUCAUUAGCAAAGCUCUACCUAUCAGGUAAUCACUUGAUGGACAUUGAGCCAGCAAGUUUCAGUUCGUUGUCAUUGUCAUUAAGAUAUUUGUCAAUGUCUAACAAUCAGCUGUACGUUAUACGAAAUAAUUUUUUCACCAAUCUUUCAAAUCUUGAUGAACUCUAUCUGUCUAAUGUUAUGGUAGAGGAAAUUGACCACUUUCCAUACACUCUUGACCCUGGGUCACUUGUUAAUCUUAAACAUCUUAAGUUUCUUGAUUUAUCUAAUAAUGUGAUGAGAUAUAUUUCAACUAGUAGUUAG